UCUACGUAUAAGCAGUAGCCUCGAGUCGAGUCAUACCCGUCGAAAACGGCCUAAAACGAGAUGAAAAAUAAUCCUUCAAGAAAAGCGGACUCAAAUGAUGUCAUUACAUUUGACCCAUUUCCAUUCACUCGUGUCAUAUUUCGGUUGCUGGGAAGCAACCAACCAAUCGCAGUAGCCUGGCACUUCCAGAGACCAUGUGCCUCAGUCAGAUGGAAUCAAGCAUGGCAAACUGUUUGCAUGUGUUUUACUGCUGCUGGUUGCUCUUCUCGUGAAUCAUCGAGCGCCCGAAGUUGGACUCCAGUUUGCCAGCAAUAGUGUAACGAUGUCUCAAAUCUGCCAAAUUAGUUAUCAUCAAUGGAUAAUUACUUUUAUCAACACCUAGGAUAACACGUCUGCAAAUCUUCGCUACAUUAGACAACGUAGAGAUAGUGAAAUAUGUAAAACUAGUAGAUGCCUACAUCAAAAUAAUGAGCUUGUAUCGAAGAGGACGCGACAGUCUGGCGCCGCACGCUUUCACGGCCAACAACAUCGAGGAGUGAUUGGUUUUCUUGUUUUUCUGGCGCACGAAGACAACGACCGAAAGCCGAAAGGAUGCCUACCGUCAGACUGGAAAUUGCAAUCACCAACAGUGCCGAUGGGAUUUUCUAUCCGGGUCAGGAGCUCAUCGGAGAUGUCGUGGUGACGCUGGCCAAAAGUUGCACCGUUUCCAAAUUAAUCCUAACCAUUUUUGGUGUCGGCAAAACGAAAUGGUAUGAACGGAGCGCUGGAAGAGGAUCGAUUGCCUACAGGGGGAAGGAGAGAUAUUUAUAUUCUGAGUUGGUACUUUUCCAACCUCAAGAUAAACCGGCGGAAAUUCCAGCCGGUUGCUACAGUCAUGGAUUUGCCUGUCUGUUGCCGGACUCGCUGCCGGCAUCGUUCGAGGGAAAACGAGGUCACAUUCGCUACUGGCUGAAGGCAACCUUCGAACGGCCCUGGCGCCAGUCCAAGGUGCUCUCGCAAAACUUUCAAAUCGUACGGCAGUUGGAUCUCAACGAUGAAAUGCUGCUUCCGGUGCGUUCAGAUCUGACUAAAACAUUUGGAUACUGGUCAUGCGUACCCAGUGGCACGUUGUACGCUUCCGUUGAACUGCCAACUUCCGGUUUCGUUCCCGGUCAGUACAUUCCAGCGCUGAUACAGGUCAACAAUAAAGGCAAAAACAAACUGAGUCGGAUAGUGACAAUGUUAGUGCAAAAAAUCACAUACAAUGCCCGGAAGCCAAAGGCCAGCCAGAAAGUCAAACGAUUCAUCGUUUGCAAAAAUAUAACGCCAGAAAUCACCCUGCCCGAGGGAGGAGUCCUGGCGGCGGAGAACCUUCAGGUGCCUUGGGUUCUGCCGACCAGUAGUUACUCCCAGGUGGUUGAAAUUGGUUACGAGUUGGUGGUGGAGUUUGAAAUUGAUACCUGCCUCUUCAAUGCCAACCAGUUGAUCCGAAUUCCCGUGGUCAUCGGAGUUAUACCGACGCGUGACGCCUAUCUUAUGGAAAGUAAUGCCAUCCGGUUGUGGACACAGAAAUCAUAAACAAAGUAAAAAUAAAAAAAAACAUCACAAAACUAUUUUUCGCUUUAAUUAUUUACCAUGAUUCAAUAUUCUAGUCUGGAUAGUUAGUAUUUUUCAUCUAGUUACUGUUCAAUAAAGAAAAAUAUUUA